UUCCACGGACGACGACGACGAUCUCCGCCAAAAUUCUUGUUCUAUGGUCUGCUUCUCUCACUGAAAUUUGACGAGCGGAAAGGAACCAGAUGCUAGAUCGUUAUUCGAUUGCUUUCUUGCUGAUAUUGUCCUGGCACAUUGUGGGAUUAAAUGCAAGUGCUGGUGAUGCUAAUCCGCUUUAUAGGGAUUGUGUGAAAGAAUGUGAGGAAACAGGAUGUGCAGGGCAAAGAUGCUUUGCAAACUGUAAAUUUUCUGGAGAUGACCUCACGCAUGGUCCAUGGUACAAGCAAGAACCACUUUACCUGCAGUGGAAAAAGUGGGAUUGCCAAAGUGAUUGUCGUUACUUUUGUAUGGUUGAUAUAGAGAAAGAAAAAGAAUUAAAUAAUGGUGUUCCGGUCAAAUAUCAUGGUAAAUGGCCCUUCAUGCGUAUCUAUGGGAUGCAGGAACCUGCUUCUGUGGCUUUCUCUGUUCUCAAUCUUGCAGCACAUUUUCAUGGCUGGGUAUCCUUUUUCGUUCUUUUAUACUAUAAAAUGCCUCUAAAAGAAGGGAAGAAGCCAUAUUAUGAAUAUGUUGGCUUGUGGCAUGCUUAUGCGCUGUUAUCAAUGAACUCCUGGUUUUGGAGUGCUGUUUUCCACAGUCGAGACGUUGAUUUGACAGAGAAAUUAGACUACUCAUCUGCAGUGGCUCUCCUGGGAUACUCCCUCAUUUUGGCCAUAUUGCGAAGUUUCAGUGUCAGGGAUGAGGCUACGAGGGUUAUGAUUUCUGCUCCACUAAUUGCUCUCGUGACCACCCACAUAUUGUUCAUCAACUUUUAUAAACUAGACUAUGGAUGGAAUAUGAAAGUUUGUGUAGGGAUGGCUGUGACCCAACUCAUCAUUUGGGCUGUUUGGGGUGGUAUUAGCCGCCAUCCCUCGCGGUGGAAACUAUGGCUGGUUGUUUUUGCAGGUGGCCUUGCAAUGCUGCUAGAGCUAUAUGACUUCCCUCCAUAUAAAGGACUUCUGGAUGCACAUGCUCUUUGGCAUGCAACUACUAUUCCUUUGACGUAUAUCUGGUGGAGUUUCAUUAAGGAUGAUGCUAAAUUUCGAACCUCAAAUAUUGUGAAGAAGGCCAAGUAACAUGUUUUUCCCUUUGGGUGAUCCACUGGGAACCGCAUUUUCUCUGUGCCUGAUUUAUAUAAAUGCGAAUUUUUUUAGCAGGAACUUCAAUAGGGCAAAGGUUAUUUCUUGUUUGACAUUUCUUUCUCCAGCUUAAACGAAUGUAAACUAAACAAAAAUUUGUAGGCCUAAUUCUGUCAUUCCGAUUUGAAGGGUUCCAAUUUUUGUACUCA